AUGCGAUUGGUGCUGGCUUUUGAAUUGUUCGAUUGGGAAGAUUACAUUUUUCAUAUUCCAUAUUUCAGAAGACAAUCGGAAGAAAUCAAGAGCGGCGUUGGCCGCAAAAGUAGCAGUGGAAAAAUCGCCCCAUUUCAAGCCGGAGAGAAAAGCGGUGUCCGUUCGUCUCCAGCACCAACUAAAGUCAAUCAGCCUUUAGAAAUCAGUAACAUGGACGCACCUGCCUGCUCCCAGGAUGGCGGAGCUUCACUUCAAAUGGCGGCAGGUCUAACACCUCCACCACCGCCACCUCCUCCUCCUCCGCCGCCUAUGCCCAGUCACGUAAUGCCAGCCAUUAAAAUCAAUUCAGAGGUGGGAGGUGGCUCGAAUUCGUUGGGGAAAGCAGGUGGAGGAGGCAAGCACUUGCCAGGCGGGGGAGCGCCAUUCAGUUACAUCCCGCGUUCCGAAUUUAACGUCCGCAGUUACAUCCAAAUCUGGUCCAACGAUUUUCCCAUAUCACGACCGCGUCUAUCAUCAAGACCCGGCCCCCUCCUUCUCUUUCCGGCUUCCCCUUUUGGACGAUUGCCAAUCGUUUUAUUUCCCCAAAUGGACGAGACGAUAAUAAAUACAAACGCGCAGACGAAUUUUUGGCUUUUCCUUGUAGGCUAGGAAUCAAUCGACCGU